AUGUUCCGAAAACGCCUCGAAAAAAGCGACCCGGAAGCCCUUACAGUGACACACCAACGACUGGACUGCGGUUACCCUGCCUCUCUCGCUAGCGUACCUCUAGGCGUGAGGGUCUCAGCAUUCACAAUCGCUACCGCCGCCAAAAUCUGGCAAUUGCACCAACCAUGUCGUUUCGGCGGCCAGGCGCCAGAUGGCUGUGAACGCAAGGGCAAUGGACGUUCGAUACUCUCAUAUGUGGCUCAACACCAUGCGAACCGGCCAGAUGGUAAAUCAGGCCGCAAGAGAGCAUGGCGAGCCACUAGAGACAAUACACUUACGUCGAUAUCUUCUGCAUCAUUGACAGCGGCGACGACGGAGACGAAGACGCCGCCAGGAGACGAAGACGCCGCCAGGAGACGAACUGCCCGAGAAGAGGUCGAAGCUCUGGACUCAGCAGACCCUCCCGAGAACGAUAACACUCCUGGCCCUAGCCUAUCUAAAACCCCCUUCCGACUCUCUGCCCCCAAAAACAGUGUCAUGCCGUGUACGGAAGGAGACGACCAGUCUCGCAACGCCAAAUCGGUGACCUGA